UUUCCGUAGCUCAGAAAAACUUGGAGAGCUAGUGAGAGUAUUAUUUGGUCAGAAAAAUAUCCAGAUCAUGGAGAUCCAUAUUUAUGAACUCUUGAGUUAUUUUGCCUAUCUAUGUCUCAUCCUUUGGGUAACAAUACAAGCGUUCACCUUCUUAUUUUCAAGAACAACCAACAACAAAAAUAAAAGGCUUCCACCAGGGCCAAAACCCUAUCCCAUAAUCGGAAACCUUUUUGACCUCGACGACAAGCCCCACAAAUCUCUAGCCAAGCUUUCCCAUAUUCAUGGCCCAAUCAUGUGUUUGAAGCUCGGCCGAAUAACCACAGUUGUGGUUUCCUCAUCAGCCAUGGCCAAACAAGUCCUCCAAACCCACGACCAGGUCUUCUCCAACCGAACCAUCCCGGACUCACUCCGAGCCUGCGACCACCACAAGCACGGCUUGCCAUGGAUUCCGGUAUCUCCUAGCUGGAGAAACCUUAGAAAAAUAUGUAACAACCACUUGUUCUCGGGUAAAGCUCUUGACGCCAACCAGAAUCUAAGGCACCAGAAGGUGAAAGAACUCUUGGCUGGUGUCCGUACAAUGGCAGAAGCAGGAGAGGCAGUGGCUAUCGGCAUAGCUGCUUUUAAAACUUCUCUAAACUUGUUAUCGACCACUUUUUUCUCCGUCGACUGGGAGAAUCUCCCCGCUUCUGACAUGGGAGGCAUAGAUCUCAGGGAGACCGUUUGGAGUAUCAUGGAGGCUGCUGGUAAGCCUAACUUGGCUGACUAUUUUCCGGUUCUUCAGAUGGUUGAUCCUCUCGGCAUAAGGAGAGACAUGACCGUUCAUUUUCAGAAGAUGAUUGAUCUGUUCAACGGAGUGAUCGGUCAAAGUCUGAAACUCAGAGAAGUGAUUAAUAGUCCUCAGAAAGAAGAAAGUAAUAUGUUGGAUAUUCUUCUCAAUCACAUGGAGAAUAAAGAGAACAGAGAAAAUCAGCUUCUCAGCAAAACCACCAUUGAACAUCUCUUACUGGAUCUAUUUGCAGCGGGCACUGAUACGACUUCGUCGACAUUAGAGUGGUCAAUGACUGAGCUACUCAAGAACCCAGAAGCCAUGUCCAAAGCCCAAGCAGAGCUAAACCAAGUCAUUGGGAAGGGAAACCAAGUGAAAGAAUCAGACAUAGGAAGGCUCCCUUACUUACAAGCCAUUAUCAAAGAAGCCUUUCGUCUGCACCCGGCGAUUCCGUUACUGCUUCCCCGUAGAGCCGAAACCGACGUUGAAGUCUGCGGUUACGUGGUUCCGAAAGGAGCACAAGUUAUGGUCAACGCAUGGGCUGUUUCCAGAGACCCCAAAGUCUGGGAAAAUCCUAAUGAGUUCAUUCCAGAGAGGUUUUUGGAUUCGAAUGUUGAUGUCAAAGGUCGACAUUUUGAGAUCACUCCCUUUGGCGCCGGACGGAGAAUAUGUCCGGGGUUGCCAUUGGCCGUUCGAAUGGUUCACUUGAUGUUAGGUUCGUUAAUCAACUCCUUUGAUUGGAAGUUAGAAGAUGGAGUUGAACCAGAAACUUUGAGCAUGGAUGACAAGUUUGGCAUUACUUUACAGAAGGCUAAGCCUUUGACAGCUUUCGCCACGCCACGCCACUAACCUAGCUAUAUUAUAUUAAGCUUAUAUACAUAUAUUAAUAAACUAAACUGCUUCCAUAGUUGCAUGUGAGAAAUGGGAGUAACCAAGUAUGUGCGCUUAAUUGACUGUUGUUAUAAUUUCAGAGCGGUCUGUACGCAGAACUUAUUUAUAUAUUGUCAUAAUGAUAAUAUUAAAAACCAAUUGUAUGAAAUGAAAGUGAUUUGCACUAAA